AAUUCCUCAUCUCUGUUCGAGUUUACUGUUUUCACGUUUUUCAGGAAUACACUUUACACUCGCUUUUUUGGAGUCAGUGAGAAAGUUUUUGGAGUUUUUGCAAGAAGAGUUUUUCGAAAUUUCGAAGAAACAUGUAUGGAAAGGAGGGUUUGAAACUUAUCAAUGAAUUAGUACUUUCCGAUGAUAUAAAACCAUUCAAUGAUCAUGUGUUCCGUGGUGUUCUGAAUGAAAUCCACACCCUUUAUGAAGCAAAUUUAGCUGAUGCCGUACAUGCGAGUGCAGGUGCAAGCAAUACGCACUACAGAUCCCUUCAAUUUCGUCAUGCGGUUUUGAACAGAAACAAGCGACUCCUCUUGACUUAUGUAUAUCACAGAAUGAAGAGAAUGAGGAAACUGCGAUGGGAAUUGGGAAGCAUUCUUCCGGCAGAAAUUAAAGUUAAUUUAACUAAUCCUGAAGAGCGGUGGUUCAAUUCGUAUAAUAGAUCUCUAGCAACUUAUAUGAGAUCAAUUGGAGAAGAAGGAGGACUAAAUAUCAUGAAAGAUAUGGUUCCACCGAAGGCUCUUUAUAUCGAGGUCCGCUGUCUAGUCGAUUAUGGAAGAUUCGAGUUCGAUGGUGAAAUAGUGAAUUUGAAAAAAAAUACUCAUCAUUUGCUGCCGAGAGCAGAAUGCGAAACGCUCAUCAGGCAGGGAAUUCUCGAACAUGUUAAUAUAUAAAUUAUAACUGAAAUUGUGAUAUUUAUUGCUAUCGCAUUAAUAUCGAUAAAUUUGUAUCUAUAAUAAUAGUAUAAAGAAAAAUCUACGUAGGAAAAAAUGUUAAACUGUGAUGCAUUUGUGUCAGUAGGAAAGUCAAUUAAUCUAAAGAAAUUUCAUAGGAAAAAACGCUUUAUUCAGGAAGGUUCCGUCGAUUGCAAAAUUGAAUUGUAUCAUGACGUGAUGUUGAUUUUUAUCAUCUGAUGUCAUUGACGAAUAAGCGAAUUUUACUGUAAUUCAAGUGAGCUUCCUGUUCAAUGAAUUAUUAAUUAAUAAAUACAUUCGUUCAUUUUUUAUAGGAA